AUGGCAUAUGGAUUGGACCUCCAAUCGGAUGUACGGAUGCACAAAUCAUACAUGUGGGGUUAUAGAGACAAAGAAAUGAGAAUUGGGACUCCAAUCAACUCUACGGAUGCUCAAACCGUACAUGUGGGGUUACAGAGCCGAAGGCAUGAGGAUUGCACCUCCAAUCGACUAUUGAAACACAUGAGGAUUGUGACUCCAAUUGGAUGUACGGAUGCAAAAACCGUACAUAUGGUGUUAGAGAGGUAA